GUCUGUGAAAAGCUAGCUUAUUAGAAGUUAUUUCAUCAUAAGGCUAAAUAUAUAGCAGGAAUAUACGAAAAUGUUGUCCAGAAAAAUUAGUUGUGAUUCACAUGGUCAAGACUCUUCCUAUUUUCUAGGGUGGCAAGAAUACGAGAAAAAUCCCUAUGAUAGAGUUCAAAAUCCAAACGGAAUAAUUCAGAUGGGACUUGCAGAGAAUCAGCUUUCCUUCGACCUUCUUGAGUCAUGGAUUGCUAGCAACCCGGACGCAGUAGGGUUGAUGAAAAAUGGGGAAUCUGUAUUCAAAGAGCUGGCUCUUUUCCAAGACUAUCACGGCUUGUCUGCAUUCAAGAAAGAAUUGGUAGAGUUCAUGGCUAAGAUAAGAGGAAACAAGGUAAAGUUCGAUCCCAAUAAGCUGGUUCUCACUGCUGGUGCAACUUCAGCAAAUGAGACUCUCAUGUUUUGCCUUGCUGACCCUGGCGAUGCUUUUCUCCUCCCUGUUCCGUACUAUCCUGGGUUCGAUAGGGAUCUUAAAUGGAGGACGGGCGUUGAAAUUGUCCCAAUAAAGUGCUCAAGUUCAAAUGGUUUUAAAAUCACAUCCUCUGCUUUAGAAGAAGCUUAUGAUCAAGCACAAAAACUUGGCUUAAAAGUUAAAGGUGUACUGAUUACUAAUCCUUCGAACCCUCUAGGCACUAGCACCACUCGUGACGAGCUUAACAGCCUUAUUGAUUUUAUCAUCGCAAAAAACAUCCAUAUAGUCAGCGAUGAAAUUUAUUCCGGAACGGUUUUUGACUCUCCGAGCUUUGUGAGUAUUACAGAAGCUGUAGGGAGUAGAAAACUCGAAGAUACCCAAGUGUGGAACAGAAUUCAUAUCGUCUAUAGUCUCUCAAAAGAUCUCGGUGUGCCCGGUUUUCGGGUCGGCAUGAUUUACUCUAACAAUGAAACAGUUGUCUCAGCAGCGACAAAGAUGUCAAGCUUCGGGCUAGUUUCGUCCCAGACUCAGUAUUUACUCUCCCAAAUUCUGUCCGACAAGAAAUUCACUAGCAAAUACAUAAAAACUAACCGAAAAAGACUCCAAAAGAGGAAGCAACUUAUGGUUUCGGGGCUUAAGAAUGCAGGGAUUAAGUGUUUGAAAAGUAAUGCCGGUUUGUUUUGCUGGGUGGAUAUGAGGCAUCUUUUAAAGUCCGGGAGUUUUGAAGCAGAGAAAGAGCUGUGGAAGAGGAUACUUUGCGACGUCGGUUUGAAUGUCUCACCUGGGUCUUCUUGCCACUGCCCUGAACCUGGGUGGUUUAGAAUGUGCUUUGCCAAUAUGUCUGUGGAAACGCUAAAGGUCGCAAUGCAACGUGUCAAGGCCUUCACGGACUCGGUCACGUCUGCCAAUCUUGCUAGUGGCAGAUGGAAUAAGCACCAACCUUUGCUACGCAAUUCAAAGACAAAGUCGAUGCUCACCAGAUGGGUUUGCCAAUUGGCGUCGUCUGAUUGUGAAACAGACCGUUAGGAUUUGUUUCGGGUGGAAAAUUAAUAAUUGACAAAUAAUAAUAAUAAUAUUUCUUUA